UCUUUCCAUUCGAUUCCAAACAAAAAAGUUCAACCACUACUUUACGGAACUCUCGCUAUCGUAACGAACCCCCGCUUUGUGGUCAACGGAAGCUUAGAAUCAAUAUCAUUCAUUGCGCUGUUGGGUCUGGGACUAGAGCAGCUCACCAUAGUCAUUUUUGUCACAAGAAGUGAUCAUACAGGUUGUCAAUGCAUAAAACGGUGGUCAUUAGUAAUGGACUCCAUUUCGAUGAUGUACACGAUUCUCUUCGGGCUGCUCUUGACUAGGCUGGUAUUCUGCCACCCCGUCGACGAAGAAUAUCUUAAGCAGAUCACUCAGAAACAACUCGCGAAUAGAUACAAAGUGCCCCAAUUCGACAUUGGGAUGCCCAGGUAUAACCUUCGAUGGGGUUAUUUGAUUUAUGGCUCGCCAUAUCUUCGCUGUAACAAUGCAAGUGGUAGGAGAGUUACUUCAAAUGGACAAAAUGGCGACUACCCACAUUGUACCUUUCCGUAUGGUUUGGUGAAUACGCCACCCUUCACGAGGCAUCCCUAUCAUCUAUGGGGUGACGGAUGGGGCACUGAUGCCCUCGAACGAGAAAAUCCGCUUAACAAAGCUGAAAACUACGUCAAGAGAACGGCAAAUCGACACGCUUUUGGAUAAACCUUUCCAUCGAUACUGUAAAAAUUUGUAAAUAUUUAACACAUUCCGCAUGAUGGCAUCACUAUUCAUUCUCAGAAAAAGUGCUGCCACCGCAUGAUCGUGGCAUUAUCAUUUGUAUUUUUUUUUGUAAAAAUAAAAGAGUAGCGUGUGUAGUUUUUCUGCCAAAAAUCGAUUGCCUCUUUUACGGUUAAUUAUCAGUGAUAGUUAACGUGUGUAGUUAAGCUAGAUUUAGCUGUAGACGUUCGCCUGUAAAUGCAGGAGUGAGUGACGACUGUGUGAAAUUGUAUCUAUUUAAUUUGAAAAAGU